UUCUAAAGCGGGAAACUGUGGGCAAUAUUGUUGAAAACGUAUCACUGCAAGCAGAGAUGCAGAGCCGACUGAGCAGGGGAUGGGGAGCCGGCCGGCGGAUCGACCCGGCUUAGGCCCCGGGGACCGUGCAGCCGGCUCCCCGACCCCUCAGCAUCUUCUCCGGGCUCACCAUCGCUUCGUCGCCCUCGUCCAAAAUGUGCUGAAUGCAAACAGGCGAAAAAUAGCGCAGAGUCCCGGACAGACACUGGUGAUUAAAUAUGGCUGGAAGUGAGAAGGAACCCACCAAUAAUAUAACAAGUGAAGAUACAAGUCUAAUGUCUGAAGAACCUCAAGAAUUAAUUAAGGAUAUUGAAGAACCUUUGGACGAGGAAAGAAUAUUGAAACCAGAGGAAACUCAAGUUUCAACUCAAGUUUCCUCUGACCCUGAAUAUGCUGCAGAGAGUGAAAGAAUUUCAUCUCCUGAAGAGACUGGACAGACUAUUAAUAAUAAUGUGAAUGGAAAUAAAGACACGCCAAAAGAAAUUGAUAUUAUUGAUCAACAGAAUGAAAUAGUGUCUGAGGAUGUAGACUCGGAAAGUUCUGAACAGCACUUCACUUCUCCACCACCUGAUGUUGAUACAGAAUCAGAUGAACAUACGGAAAACAUACAAGAUAAUGAAAGUGAAGAACAAAUUAAAGUUGAAGAUCAAUUGGAUCAGGUUAAACCAGAAAACCAAGGUCCACCACCAACCCCAAUAACAGAUCAGCCUCAGUCUUCCCCAGAAAAGAUUCCAGAAUCAGAGAGAGACACGAGGUCCCUGGAUACAGGACAGCAAACAAAGGAUGAUUUAGGAUUGGUUGGUCCUAAAACAAAUAGACAGGAGCGGCUUGCUUCUGCUCCUCCAAGGCUGUGUACCGAUGAGAUGUGCCAAGUGGACACAAUAUUACAGGAUUUAUGGCAAUGUGCAGUGGCAGUAGGAACAGACAUUCCUCUGACAGAAUGUCAGACAGACACCUCAGUGGUUGAUACUGCAAUUUGUGACACUGUGUUUGAAGAACACUCCUACAUUAAGCAAAAUUCUUUGAACUUAAUAUGGUCUUUUGGAAUUAAUAAAGAUUCUCCAGUGUAUGCUCUGCAUAUUGACAACAGGAGGUUAAUCCUUUAUGCUUCUUCACAUACUGCAGUUAUGAAUAAUUUUUCAAUUACCCGUCAACAUCUCUUGCAGGGUCAUUCUAGCCUAAUUUCAUGUAUAGCUGUGUGCGGCAACAGGAGAUGGGUAGCAACAGCAGACCAAAGCCCAGAGAGUUUAGUUAUUGUAUGGGACACUUUCUCAGGUAUACCUGUACAAACACUCUUUGACUGUCACCAUGAGGGUGGGGUUGGAGCUUUAGCAAUGUCUCAUGAUGCCAAGUACCUUGCAACAAUUGGAACAGGAACAAUUCAGCGAGUAUGUAUAUGGGACUGGAGUUCAGAAAAUAAAGGAUCACUUUGUUCUGUGGACCUGAGUCCUGCCUUUGAUCCUCAGACUUUUAUAGCAUUUAAUCCGGAAGAUAACACCGAGCUAGUCAGCAACAACAAAACUGAAGUUGUAUUCUAUAGUUGGAAAGCUAACCAACUGGAAUUUGCAUCGCCAAUUCUUACAGAUGAAACAUUUAACAAAGUUGUGGGAAUCUACUGUCAAUCAGUUUUCCAUCUUAUUCCUUCACAAGUACUCACUGGCACUUCUGCAGGGAAUUUGGUUAUCUGGGACACUGUUGGUACAACUCAUAGUCAAUUUGAUGCAAUGAAAUUAUACAAGAAAAAACCUUUAAAACUCGUGAAUCUACAGAAUGAUGGUAUUACAGUGGUCGAGGUAAUGGACAGGUACAUUGUGACUGGUGAUGUCAAAGGUUGCAUCAGGUUUUAUGAUGAAGAAAUUUGUUUACUUAAUUGGUACAGUAAUUUACACUUGGGACCCAUCCAUUCAAUUUCCUUCUCCAGUCAACCAGCUAGCAAAGCAAAUGAGAAAUCCUCUUACCCGUCAGAGUCUACCAUCAAAGCUCAACAAUUUGUUGUCAGAAACUUUGUUGUGUCUACAGUUGAUGCUACAGUGGCUCAUGUAACUGGAGACGGGUGCAAGCUUGAAAUGUUAAUGCAAGAGCACAGUGCGGCAUUGCAUGCCAUAGCAUGUCAUCCCUCUCUGCCUCUCAUUUGUAUGGGAAGCUAUUGCGGACUUCUGAAAGUCUGGGACUAUGAGAACAAGGAACCUGUUUGCAGCAGGCUGUUUGGAACUGGGAACUUUAUUCAAUGCGUGACCUAUAAUAAAGCAGGUUCACUGUUGGGAGUUGGACUUACUGAUGGAUGUGUUUACAUCCUUGAUGCGCUUUCUUUGAACAAUGAGCGCUCCGAACCUUUCCAGUAUGCCAAAGAUGCUAUUACUGACAUUGCCUUCUCACAUGACUCAAGAUACCUGGCAACAGUUGAUAGUAAAACCACAGUGACAGUGUUUCAUUUUCACAAUAAUUCUUGGAUGUAUUUAGGAAGGCAAAAUGCACACUUUAAACCAAUUAAAACUCUCAUGUUCGGGAUAUAUUUGGAUGAUAACCAACCCAGACUAUUGUCUCUUGGAGAGGACAGGGUACUGGUAGAGUAUGAUCUGAAAAAUAGUACUGAGGUUGAUUUGCGGAUCUUGAGUAGUGAGAGAAUAGAACAAAGUGCGACACCCAUGUGCAUGGCCUGGUAUCCACCGAUCACUAAAGAGAGUUUCAUUAUAACAGCCAACGACCAGUAUAAACUAAAACUCUACAACGCCACAACCAACAUGUGCAGAAAGACAGUAUUGGGUCCGAUCUAUGAAUCUCCUUUAAAAAAAAUUAAGAUCCUCCCUUUCUCAAGCACCAAUGAACCUAAAGUUGGUUAUUUAGCCUAUAUCACAGAUAACAAGGUGGGUUUACAAACCCUGCCGUUGGAUGGAAACCCCCAUAAAUCCUGUGCACUCAUCUGCCAUGGGAGUGUGGUGACUAAUAUUGCCUGCUCAUAUGAUGGUGGUUAUAUUUUUACAGCAGGAGGAGAUGAUUGUACUGUACAUAUGUGGAAAGUUGACCUGGGGGCUCAUGAAGCAGUAAUUGCACUUGGAGGCGAGGAUUUGAUACCAUUUUAUGGUUUAUUGGAAGGUGGAAGAGAUGGUGAAUUAUUUAAGGAGAUGGAGAACUAUUUCUAUUACUCACAAUUGCGCUAUCAGCAUAUCAGUACCAGGGAGACCAGGAAGGUCUCGACUCAUGUUCCCCUGCAGGAAAUUCCAUUUAUCAUGAGGGCACUGGGAUUCUAUCCCACAGAGAAAGAGGUUGAGGACAUGCUGAAUGAGGUUAAGUUCAGUAAAUAUGUGGAAACAGGAAAAUAUGUAACACAUAUUGAUUUAGGUGAUUUUAUUAAACUGUAUAUAAAUCAUCGUCCAGCUUUUGGUAUAUCUGCUUCAGACCUGGAGAAAACAUUUGAUAUUCUUGGUUAUCAAAAUGAGAAGGAAGAAAAAGCAAUAGCCUUAGAAGAGUUACUGCAAUUAUUACAAACUAGAGGUGAAUGCAUGUCGGAGGAAGAAGUUGCAGAAACACUCUCCACACUGCUCGGCUUGAAUCCAGAGGGAGGAAGCUCUGAAUUUGAUGUCAAAGAUGCAUCAAAAUUGCUCGAACAGCAACUUCCGCAGGAGAUGACAAACGAAGUUUUUGUCUAUGAGGUAUUGGGGUUCCCCCGCAAUAUACCUGUAUCCCCUUGUGAUGAGGUGAUGACUAUGACUGCGGCUCCAUCAACAUAACUACAGAAUGAAAUGUGGAAAGAGAAGCUGUUACCAUUGAUUGUCAAAGUCGCUUUGUGAGAACUGUUUGUGAGAGCAUGUUCUUUUUGAUUUCGGAUUUUUAGCAUCUGCAGUUUUCUAGUGUUCACAAGGUGAAUUAUUUUUGUUUGAAAAUAUUUGUAUUCUUUAAUUUUAGCUUUCAAAUAUAAACUAUUAACUAAACCCAGAAAUUGUUUGAAUGUUUGUUGAUUUAGUACUUCAAUGUAUGCCAAUACUAGAUGUUGCAAUUUUACGUAAAUAUAAAGUUCUUGGGCCUUAACAUUUGUUGCAAGUCAAGAUUUCUGAAGUUAGAUGAUCUACAUAAAAUGUUGAGAAGAGUCAGAAUAUUAAGUGGUGAGAAGGACCCAAGUGAAAAACUGUACAAAUGGUAUCAAUUUCAUUCGUAACUCUUGCAAACAUUAAAUAAAUUAGAGAAUGCCCUA